AUGUCUCACUUCAAAUUGCUGCAGCAGUUCAAACCUGACUACUCGCCGAGCGAAUUCGCAGAAUAUGAGUCGCAACGAACUGGCAUGAGAGUUGUCGUUAUCGACCAGAAAGGCCCCAAAGUGAACGGUUACUUUGUGCUUGCUACCGAGAUCCACGAUGACUCGGGCGCCCCUCACACUCUGGAACAUCUCUGUUUUAUGGGAUCCCGCAACUACCGCUAUAAGGGUUUCCUGGAUAAACUAGCGACCCGUGUAUACUCCAGUACCAAUGCCUGGACGGCCACUGAUCAUACAGCGUAUACUCUCGACACCGCAGGCUGGGAGGGCUUUGCACGGAUCCUGCCUGUUUACCUGGAGCACGUCAUUGCUCCGACCCUGACCGACGAGGGCUGCUACACUGAAGUGCACCACGUCGAUGGAACCGGAAAUGACGCUGGUGUAGUUUACUCCGAGAUGCAAGGUGUUCAGAACAACGCAGCCGAGUUGAUUGACCUAGCGGCCAAACGAUUGACAUAUCCACCCGGUAUUGGAUUCCGGUAUGAAACCGGUGGUAUGAUGGAGCAGCUCCGUGUUUUGAGUGCAGAGCGAAUUCGAGAGUUUCAUCGUGAAAUGUACCAACCUAAAAACCUUUGCUUGGUUAUCACUGGUGAAGUGGACCAGAAAAACAUGCUGGAUAUUUUGGAUAAAUUUGAAGAUACCAUCUUGGACGUGAUCCCGAGUCCGACUGCUCCUUUCACGAGACCCUGGGUGGAUUCCAAGCAGACCCCAGCUUUGGAGAAGUCUGUCAUCCAAAGGGUCGAAUUUCCCGAAGAGGACGAGUCAUUUGGUGAAAUUGAAAUUCGAUUCUUGGGACCAGAUUGUAAUGAUUCAGUCCAAUCUGGUGCUCUUAAUGUCGUCCUUCUCUACCUGGCUGGAUCAUCUGCCUCUCUGCUGGAAAACGCAAUCGUUGAGAAAGAGCAGCUUGCCAGUGCGGUUUACUACGCAACAGAGGAGCACCCCAGCAUUGAAAUCCGCUUCACCAUGACCAGCGUUGAGACCGAAAAGCUCGAACAGGUAGAGAAGCGAUUCUUCGAAAUUCUCAAAGAGGCAAUGGACAAGGACCUCGACAUGAAAUACUUAAAGGAAUGCAUUGACCGCCAGCGCCGAACCUGGAAGUUUGCCACGGAGAGCUCUGCGUCGUCUUUCGCCGAGUACGUUAUUACCGACUUCUUGUUCGGAAAGCGAGAUGGUUCGACCAUGCGGGAUGUUGCAUCAUUGAAAGAAUAUGAUGUGCUCGAGACGUGGUCGCAAGAUGAAUGGCGUGGGUUCAUCAAGAAGUGGAUUUCGGACGCGAACCACGUUACCGUCUUGGGUGUUCCAUCUCAGAAAUUGUCUGACAAAUUCAAGAAUGAUGAAGAGGCACGAGUCGCUGCUCAGAAAGAGCGCCUUGGCGAGAAAGGACUCCAGGAGCUUGCAGACAAGCUCGAGAAGGCAAAGGCAGAGAACGACAAGGAAAUCCCAACGAAAAUGCUGGCCGACUUUGAAAUCCCUUCCACUGAGUCUAUCCACUUCAUGGAUACUGUCACCGCACGGUCAGGUGCUGCCCUGAAGGCUGGCCGUCCUGACAACGCUCUUCAGAAGGUCAUCGAUAUUGAUGCCAACAAGGCGGGUCUCCCCCUUUACAUGCACUUUGAACAUAUUCCCAGCAGCUUCGUGCAGCUCUCCGUUCUUCUUUCCGCACAGUCCGUCCCUAUCCAACUGCGCCCAUUGCUCUCCAUCUUCACCGAGGCUUUCUUCAACAUCCCUCUUCAACGUGAUGGCCAGACAAUCGACUUCGAGCAGGUGGUUGUCGAGCUGGAGAAGGACACUGUCGGCUAUUCGAUGGAAAACGCCCGGGCCCUUGGAAACUCUGAGAUGCUGCGCGUUUCAUUCCAGGUCGAACUUGAGAAGUAUGAAACCGCCAUCGCCUGGGUCCAGGAGUUGUCCUGGAACACCAUCUUUGACGUUGAGAGACUGCGGGCUAUUACUUCCCGGCUUCUCGCCGACGUGCCCGACUCCAAGCGCAGUGGUGACGACAUGCUCGCUGCGGUGCAUGUGAUGGUUCAUUAUGCUGAGGAAUCUAUCACCCGCGCGCGGUCCACCUUGGUCAAGGCGCGCUACCUUAAGCGCGUUAAGAAGCUGCUUGCCGAUAAGCCCGAGGAAAUCGUCAGCCGUAUGGAGGAGAUCCGCAAGUCUCUGUUCCAGCCUGAGAACGUCCGCGUUGUCGUCAUUGCAGAUCUAGAGAAGCUCACCAACCCCGUCUCUGCUUGGAAACCAUUUGCCGAGCGCCUAGGAACCAGCACUGAGCUCAAGCCCAUCACCAACCGCCGCGAAUUGCUGAGCGAUGCUGGAAAGACACUUGGUGGCAAGUCCUUCAUUGUACCCAUGCCCACCGUCGACUCAUCGUUCGCCUACGCUACCGCCCGCGGCCUUGAUUCCUAUGAUCACCCCAAGCUGCCUUCUCUGUUGGUUGCCACCGCCUACAUGAACGCUGUCGAGGGUCCCCUUUGGGUCGCAGUCCGCGGCAAGGGCCUGGCCUACGGCACCAACUUCGCUCACAACAUCGACACGGGCUUUGUCAACUUCGAUGUGUACCGCUCCCCCAACGCACACAAGGCCUUCGAGUCCAGCAAGCAGAUUGUUGAAGACCACCUGUCUGGUGCGACACCCUUUGAUCCGUUGAUGCUGGAAGGUGCCAUCAGCAGCAUUGUCGUCAGCUUCGCCAACGAGCAAAUGACUGCUGCCAGCGCCGCUCAGGGCAGUUUCAUCCGCCAGGUCGUGCGCAACCUGCCCCUUGACUACAAGGAGAAAAUGCUCAAGAAGGUUCGCGAUAUCAGCGUCGACGAGGUCAAGGAUGCUCUUCGCGAUAUCAUCCUGCCGCUGUUUGAUCCCAAGAAGGCUAACCUGGUGGUUACUUGUGGUACUGUUCUUGAAGAACCCAUCAAAUCAGGCUUCGAGUCUGUCGGCUUCACGCCCACUGUCCAACCCCUGAAGGAAUUCGAGGAUGACUAUGGUUUCAAGCUUGGUGCUGAGGAGGAAGAUGAGGAUGACGAUGACGAUGAAGAUGAUGAUGACGAGGAUGACGAGUCCGGAUCCGAAGAGGAGAGUGACGAAGAUGAUGAAUGA